CAAAAAGAAGAAACCAUUAACAUACAAUUCUUUCUUUUUUUCUUUUCUUUUAUUUUUUUUUUGAAAGUGGAAGAAAGAUAACAAAAAUUAAAUAAAUAAAGAAGUUUGCAGAAAGUAAGAAAAGGAAGUAGCCUUGCUGUUACUUUUUUUUUUCAUUGGUUUCUAUACAUAUAUAUAUUUAAAAAAAUUGGUUUUUUCUUUUCUUGUUGCCUCUACUAAGCAUCUUUUCUCCCCUUUUCCUGUGCUUUUGCCUCUUUUCAUCUCUCCAUUCUUCCCUUGUUGGAAUAAAACUUCCCCUGCUUUUAUUCUUUCUUUUGCUUCUCUCUAUUUCUCUCCCUUAAGCUUCAUCUAUAAUUUGCUUCUUGUUUGUUGUCUACCUUCCUUUGUAUCUAACCAUUUGGUUUCUUGAUCGGUAAAGUCUAAUACCUUUUUUUUGGCGCAAUUUUUUUUUUCUUUGCUUUGAUUUUUAUUUUCAAUUUUCUGCCUUUAUAACCUGGAAUUUGUUGCCAAGGGCAUUUUCUUGGGAAUUACAGUGCUAAGAUUCAUUUCUGGGUUAUGUUGAUCAUACUGUAAAAUUCAGUUUUCUUUCUGAGUUACCUUUCGAGACUGGGAAAUUCAACUGGUUCAGCUUCAAAUCCUUGAGUUCAAUUCCUCUCUUUCUUUUUUCUUGCCUUCUAUUUUUUUCUUUCCUUUAAAAUGCUUCAUGUUCUUUUUUGAUACAGGACCAGGUUCUUCUUGAUUCUCUUCCCUGUAUAUUUCUUGUGGAAACUUCUUUCUUCAGCUUCAAGUCCUGGAAUUUGCUUUCAAAUGGUGUAAAUUUAUUUACUUUUCUUUGAGUUUCUUCUUGAGUCCUCAGUUUCUUGAUUUACGAGUGAUUUCUUGAAUUAUCUUUUUCUUGGUUUCCUGUCUCUAUGGGACUGUGUCAUGGAAAACCCAUUGAGACCCAACAACACGAAUCCAACAACCAUACACUCUCCUUUGAAACCGACUCACAACCACCAAAUUCCCACACCAGCAAGGCUUCUAACCCUUUCUAUAGUCCAAGUCCCUUGCCAAGCCUCUUCAAGUACUCACCUGCAAUAUCAAGUGUAAGCUCCACUCCUUUGCGGAUUUUCAAGAGGCCCUUUCCACCUCCUUCUCCUGCAAAGCACAUUCGUGCAUUGCUUGCACGAAGGCAUGGCUCUGUUAAGCCCAAUGAAGCCCCUAUCCCUGAGGGUAGUGAGAGUGAGAUCGCUCUGGACAAGAAUUUUGGGUUCUCCAAGCAGUUUGCGAGCCAUUAUGAGCUUGGUGAGGAGGUGGGGCGUGGUCAUUUUGGGUAUACUUGCUCUGCCAAGGCCAAGAAAGGCAACAUGAAAGGCCAGGAUGUGGCCGUCAAAGUUAUUCCUAAGUCUAAGAUGACCACUGCAAUUGCUAUUGAGGAUGUAAGACGGGAAGUCCAAAUAUUACGAGCUCUAACUGGACAUAAGAACCUGGUACAGUUCUAUGACGCCUACGAAGAUGAUGAGAAUGUCUACGUUGUGAUGGAGUUGUGCAAAGGUGGUGAACUAUUGGAUAGGAUUCUUGGAAGGGGUGGAAAAUACUCAGAAGAUGAUGCAAAGACUGUUAUGGUUCAGAUAUUAAGUGUAGUUGCCUACUGUCAUCUCCAAGGUGUAGUUCAUCGUGAUCUGAAGCCAGAGAAUUUUUUGUUCACUACUAAGGAGGAGAGUUCCCCAUUGAAGGCAAUUGAUUUUGGACUAUCUGACUAUGUAAAGCCAGAUGAAAGGUUGAAUGACAUUGUAGGAAGUGCAUAUUAUGUAGCUCCUGAAGUUCUACAUCGAUCGUAUGGGACUGAAGCAGACAUGUGGAGUAUUGGUGUAAUUGCUUAUAUUCUUCUAUGUGGCAGCCGGCCGUUUUGGGCACGGACAGAAUCUGGCAUCUUUCGAGCUGUCCUCAAAGCAGAUCCAAUAUUUGAUGAUGCUCCUUGGACUUCUUUAUCCCCUGAAGCAAUAGACUUUGUGAAGAGGUUGUUGAACAAGGACUAUCGUAAGAGACUGACUGCUGCUCAGGCCCUAAGUCAUCCAUGGUUAGCCAAUCAUCAUGACAUAAAGAUCCCAUUGGAUAUGAUUGUAUACAAGCUUGUAAAGACUUAUAUCUACUCAUCUUCUCUGAGGAAAUCUGCACUGGGGGCUCUGGCAAAGACAUUGACCAUAGCCCAGCUAGCUUACCUCCGGGAACAAUUUACACUGUUAGGGCCAAGCAAAAAUGGAUUCAUUUCUAUGUCAAACUUUAAGAUGGCAGUAGUAAAGAACUCCACAGAUGCGGUAAAGAAUUCGAGGGUCCUUGAUUAUGUUAGCAUGGUUAGUUCUCUCCAAUAUAGAAAAUUGGAUUUUGAAGAAUUUUGUGCAGCUGCCAUUAGUGUUCAUCAACUAGAAGGAAUGGAUUGUUGGGAGCAACAUGCUAGGCGUGCCUAUGAGUUGUUUGAGAAGGAUGGCAACAGACCUAUUAUGAUAGAGGAACUUGCCUCAGAGCUUGGUCUUAGCCCAUCAGUACCAGUUCAUGUGGUUCUCCAAGACUGGAUAAGACAUGCAGAUGGCAAGCUAAGUUUCUUGGGCUUUGUUAGGCUUCUUCAUGGGGUUUCUUCGCGCACAUUUCAGAAGUCUUGAAAAUACCCACCUAUACAGAAUAUUUUCUUUUCUCGAUUGCUUUGGCUCUCCUUGACCUGGAACGUUGCAAGGGGAUACAAUGGCAUGCCCAGUUUUACCCAAAACAAGCAUGUGUUCUGUUGAUCACUGUGAACAGUGCUGCAAGUUAAAGCUUUAGCAGAUGUGGCAUGCCUUUGCUAAAUGGAGCCAUUUCUGACAUGGUCUCAUGUCAAGUAUGUUUUUCCUCUUUGUUCUUACCUAUAUAAAGUUUUUAUUUUUGUUUUUACUUUUUCUUUUCCUAUGAUUGGUAUCAGUGGGAUUAGAGGAUUGUACAGAUGAGGGUAGAUCAAAAUGUGUAUUUAGGUUUAGUAAACAGCUUUAAACUGAACUAUUGAAGUGAUUUUUUUUUUCAUCAUCUUAUCAAACAAUCUGCAUUCUUUCAGAAUA